AUGAGUACUCAAGGAGCCUCAUUGUUGUCAUCAUCAUCUUCUUCUUCAAGACGAUGGAUAUAUGACGUUUUCCUUAGUUUCAGAGGCGAGGACACACGCAAUAGUUUUACUGACCAUCUAUAUACUGCUUUGCAACGUUCGGGUAUUUCUACCUUUAGAGACAAUGAAAAACUUGAGAGAGGAAAAUCUAUUGCACCAGAACUCUUGAAAGCAAUAGAAGAAUCGAGAUUUGCUAUUGUUAUUCUCUCAAGAAAUUAUGCAUCUUCAACAUGGUGCUUGGAUGAACUUGCAAAGAUCAUUAGAUGCAUGAAAGAGAAUGAAAUGACCGUUCUACCUAUAUUUUAUAAAGUGGACCCAUCUGAUGUACGAAAUCAAAAUGGAACUUUUUCACAAGCCUUUGCUAAGCAUGAAAAACGUUUGAAGGGGAACACAAAGAAGGUGCAAACUUGGCGAGCUGCUUUGAGUGAAGUGGCCAAUCUCUCCGAGUGGCAUUCACAAGAUAGGUAA